UUUCUGUACCGUAGAGGGAAACCUUAAGACCUCCUGAUCGUUAGUAAAGUAACUAGAAAGUGAACGUUUUUUUGUAGAUGUCGUGUUUUAGUAAACAUAAGGAACAUAACGUGAUGACAGCUGUCAGUUAAGUUAAAUAAUUGUGCGCGCCAUGUGAACAGGCUGUAGAGAGCGGGUUCAUCUCUUCAAAUUUAUAGUAUGGUUGAUUAUUGUAAUUUCACUUGAUUCAUGUUUUAAUCUCUGUUGUCAGUGGAUUUAAUUUGACCGGAUCUAUGUCAAACGAAUAUUUACUUUUUUAAAUUCACAACAGAUUGAAAAUGUCUGAAAGAAGAUUUAAAGUUUCAAAAUCGGAAGAGAGUAAUAAUUAUAAAUACAGUGACUGUUCAGGUGACGAGAGAGUUACGGAAAAACUUCUACCCUGCAGCGACAAUGGUCUUACAUUGGAUACAGG